AUGGCAAGCAUAAUGAGGCUCGGUAUUUUUAUUCUUACCCUCGCCGGCAUUACAUGGGCGCGUAAAGGAAAAAAUGAUUUCUUUACUGUCAGUUUCGAUCUGUAUCCAAAAGAUCAUGGACACGUUCCUGGAAAGAACCUCAGGAUUGAUCCAGGUUUACUCGGAAAGUGUGUCGAAUUCUCAGCGAUCUAUAAUUUAACAGCACCGUCACGGCCAGAGACCAUCUACCUCCCUCCGGAACCAGUCCCCCCAGAAUACGACCUGCGGCUUUUCCAAGACUACGAUUGCUCAAAACCUAUUGAUGAAGACGAUUGGCCAUGGGAACCAAGCCUAGAAGGCGAGAAAUGGGACUAUGUUACUGGACUUUAUAGACUUACUAUGGCAGAGCCAGUCGAAAUCAUUGCUGAACCACAGCUCUUGAAGCCUGUAGCACCGCCGGGUAGAUAG